CGUCAACGUCGCAGCAGUUCAUGGCUCUCCUUUCUUCCAUUCACUUCUGCGCAUUCUUCUAAGCAAAUCCGCCAGUCAAUCCUAACAAUCAUCCACGAUCUCGUCGUCCCGCCGAACCACUCUAACCUCGGUUCCCCACCAGAUGCAUACGAAAUCCUAGCCUCGUGCUCUAACACUUGUGCUGAGCACAAGCUUCCUCUCUCUGACAUUGUGCAGGAGUUGUCUAUUGCAGAUCACACCCCGAUGUACUGGGCAAUUGUCAACUAUCGUGAAGCAUUGCUAGUAGCACUGCUGACGUUUGCCGAGAAGCUUGGGUCAGUUGCAGUGUCGGACAUACGGCGGGCUUGUCUUGUCAGUUCAAACCAAUCCUUGUUCCAUGCCCUCCGCGCGAAGCGGCCGCCUUUUCACGGCAUUCACGGCCUCAGGGUCCCCUCGUUGCACGCAGCGACUGAAUCACUCUUACUCGGCUCACGGCCUCCCGACGAAGUCCGAGUACAGGAGUCCAGUCAAGAUGGUGCGUUCAUUGUAGGUUUCGACGUCAUACUCUGGCAGCGACGAAUGCGCGCUGUAGGCAGAAUUAGCGUCGAGUUUAUAGUCUCUGGUCGAAUGUGGCGUGUUACAUUCUUUUCUACCAACGCUCCAUCUUUGAACGGAGCACGAGGAAAACUCAAUCGUGACACAUGGCAUGUGAUGGUCACACUACUGGAAUCCAGCCCACCUGCUUACCUCGACGCUCGACUCAUCAUUGAUGUUCCACCACCCUCACCCCCACCACUCAAAUUACCUUGGUCCGACCGGCAAGGAACGCGAACUACACUUCCACGUCAGCCCAUUUCACCAAGAAUAGACAAAAACUGGCAAAGUUGGCAAGCCAUGUACGAUUACAAUUAUGAUGGAAUGACCGAGCGUCGAUUUUCGUCUUUGCAGGGGUAUUCCAUGCCUCAGGAGAAGCCAUGUCAUCAUGAUAAGGGUCCCACCUUUGCACUUUCUCAUCCCUCUUCCUCUGCUCCGUCGCCGUUGCCUCCUCCCGCUCAUCCGUGGGGCGCUAACCUACGAGCACAGACCCUACCGGUAGUGAUCACAACUACACCGACAUCAACACCGCCAUCUCCUUCAUCACCAUCGCGAUGUAAUAUUCCGCCAAUUAGUAUCCGUUUGCGAUCCCAAGCACAUAAACUUGCUCGGCAUGGGAGGCCAGCAUUUGACUCUCCAGAUACCUAUGACGCAUUGAACACAAAGGUGGAGACUUGGUCUGACAACGGCGUGAGUUACACUAGCGCUGUUAUUGCACCGUUGGCGGAGGGUGCUGGUUCACAGCUACUGUAUGAGAAAUCACCAUACCUGUUCGCUGACGGAACACUGCGAGCGCGCUUGGAAGCAAGGCUGACCAAGUCGGAGCUGACGAGGGACUGCAUUAUAUGUUGA